UUUUUGAAGACAGGGUCUCAGUGCAGAGCUAAUUUCCUUAAGACAUUUUCUCCGUUCUUCCCACCCGGCUCUGGGAAGAUGGUAGGUCCCACUUCCGGUCUCCCCGGAAGUUUCGCGAUGGAGAGAGGAGAAACGCCUGAGGAAGAAAGGCAGUCUGGCCAUCAUGUUCUGCCUACCAGUCUGGAAUCCGACAGUUUGAAGAAGAGCAAUUGGGGGUUCUUGUUUACUGGGAUCAUUGGUGGGGUACUGGUGACAGUGUACGCUGUGGCCACCCCAUUUAUCACACCGGCCCUGCGGAAAGUUUGCUUGCCGUUUGUGCCUGCCACUUCGAAGCAGAUUGAAAAUGUCGUGAAGAUGUUGCGGCACAGAAGAGGCUCCCUGGUGGACAUCGGCAGUGGUGACGGACGCAUUGUGAUUGCAGCUGCAAAGGAAGGAUUCCCAGCUGUCGGCUAUGAGCUGAACCCUUGGCUAGUCUGGUACUCUAGGUACCGUGCCUGGAGAGAAGGGGUGCACGGCUCUGCCAGGUUUUACAUCUCAGAUCUGUGGAAGGUCACCUUUGCACAGUACUCCAAUGUCGUCGUUUUUGGUGUGCCCCAGAUGAUGCUGCAGCUGGAGAGGAAGCUGGAGCUUGAACUUGAGGAUGGUGCUAGAGUUAUUGCCUGCCGGUUCCCUUUCCCACACUGGACUCCAGACCACACUGCUGGAGAGGGGAUCGAUACCGUGUGGGCGUACGACGUGGACAGUUUCAGAGGACGGGAAAAGAGGUCUUGAUCACGAGCUCUGUAGGGCCAUCCAGUCCAGCAAACUGCCCUUGACACGGGAUGAGAAGUCAUGCUGCUAGCCUUACCUUUUGGAGAAAAUGAACAGGAGCGCAGAAAAACAUUUAGGUGUAAAGGCAAUUUCACAUAGCCUGGGUUGGCCUCGAAUUUUCUGUGUAGCUUAGAAUGGCUUGAACUUCUGAUCCUUCCUCCUCUACCUUCCCAGUAAAAUUUGCUCUUAGUGGAA